UUUUGGCCCCCUUCUCUUCUCUCUCCCCCGCUGCCCCUUCGCUCUCCCUCUUUUCUAUUCUAUUCCUCUCCCUCUUUCAAAUCUCCCUUCCACCCCCCCUUACCCGCCAAAACAGAUUCCUCCUCCUCUUCUCCUCUUCUGUCAAGAAGCCCCUACCCCUUUAAUCUUUCCCAAACCCUAGCCGGCUGGCCAAAGAUCUCAUCUUUCAUUCGUUCUCGCUCGUGCCAUCUCCUCGGAAUUUUCUUUGCCUUGGGAAAUCAAAGACUGUUCAUCGAGUUCUCUCGGCGGAUUGAAUUCAGAUUGGUUUGUUUCCAGGAUUUGUGAAGUGAUUUCAUCUUCAUGGCCAACCAUGACUUGAUUCUUGGACACAAUCCAGAUUUGGCCCUGGGCCAUGGCCAUAGACUGGCUCUCGGCCAUAGCCACGGGUUGGGAAUGGGGCACGGCCAUGGUCUUGGUCUUGGGCAUAGCCCCGACCAGGAGCUCGGCCUCGGGCACGCCCAUAAUCUUGGCCUUGGGCAUCACCAUGAGAGCGGGCUGUUUCUUGGCUAUCAUCAUCCCCAUGAUCAGGAUCAUGGUCAUGGCCACAGCAGUGAUCUUGUUCUGGGAAAGAACCAUGACCCUGAUCCCGGAAACCUUGCUGCGCAGAACCAUGAACUGGGUCUGUUGGAUAACCAUGAAAUGGCUCUUGUUGCAACCCAUGGUGGUCUCGAUGAUGACCAAGGAUUGGAGCAGCUGGCCAUCGAUCAGAGCCAGGAGCUUGCCCUCCCGCCCAGCUGUGAUAUGCUGCAAGCUCCUUUGGUAGCUACUCCCAUCAUUCAGACACGGAAGCUCGUUGUUAACCCUGAGCAUCAGCUGACCGUUGGCCAGGAGUUCCCCGAUGUGAAGAGCUGCCGGAGGGCUCUGCGGGAUGCGGCCAUUGCUUGCCAUUUCGAGAUACAGACAGUGAAGUCCGACAAGACCCGUUUCACUGCCAGGUGUGCGAGUGAAGGGUGCCCAUGGCGUGUCCAUGCUGCAAAGAUCCCUGGCAUGCCCACUUUCACAAUCAGAACGAUCAAUGACACGCACACAUGCAGUGGGAUCGCCCAUCUUGGCCACCAGCAGGCCUCUGUGCAGUGGGUUGCAAGCUCUGUGGAGGAGCAGCUUCGUGAGAACCCACAUUAUAAGCCCAAGGAGAUUUUGGAAGAGAUCCACCGUGUGCAUGGUAUUACUUUGUCCUACAAGCAAGCGUGGAGGGGGAAGGAGAGGAUUAUGGCUGCUGUUCGUGGGUCAUUUGAGGAGGGCUACCGUCUCUUACCACAGUACUGUGAGCAAGUUAAAAGGACAAACCCAGGAAGUAUUGCAUCGGUGUAUGGAAAUGAUAUUGACAAUUGCUUCAAACGCCUUUUCAUCUCCUAUUAUGCUUCAAUAUGUGGUUUCAUCAAUGCUUGCCGUCCGCUGAUUGGACUUGAUAGGACUGUUUUGAAGAGUAAAUAUCUAGGGACAUUGCUUCUUGCCACUGGGUUUGAUGGUGAUGGUGCCAUCUUUCCUCUAGCAUUUGCAGUUGUUGAUGUAGAAAAUGAUGAUAAUUGGAUUUGGUUCUUAUCUGAACUGCAUAACCUGCUCGAGAUUCAUACUGAGAACAUGCCAAGGCUCACAAUCUUGUCUGAUAGACAGAAAAGUAUUGUAGAUGGAGUGGAUCUUAACUUUCCCACUGCCUUCCAUGGAUUCUGCAUGCGCCACCUUACUGAUAGUUUCCGCAAGGAGUUCAGCAAUACCAUGCUUGUCAAUCUCUUCUGGGAAGCUGCCCAAGCUCUUACUCCUUUUGAAUUUGAAGCUAAAAUGAUAGAGAUUGAAGCAUUAUCACAGGAGGCUGCAUAUUGGAUCAGAAACAUCCCUCCUCGCCUUUGGGCAACGUCUUCCUUUGAGGGGUCUCGGUAUGGACAGCUGACAGCAAACAUAGUGGAAUCACUGGAUAAUUGGAUACCUGAAACUUCUGGGCUCUCAAUAAUUCAGAUAAUGGAGUGCAUCCGGCGGCAGCUGAUGACUUGGUUUAAUGAAAGGCGCGAGAUGAGCAUGCAAUGGACAACAGCCCUUGUACCCUUUGCUGAGCGGCGUCUGCUAGAUGCUGUAGAACGCGCUCAGGGUUAUCAAGUAAUGCGAUCAGAUGAGGCUGAGUUUAAUGUUAUUUCUCCUCAUGAAGGCACAGUUGUUGUGGAUAUUCGCAAUCGUUGCUGUGUCUGUCGUGGAUGGCAACUCUACGGUUUGCCUUGCGUACAUGGUGUAGCAGCACUCCACUCUUGCCGACAGAAUGUUAGCAGGUUUGCUGAGAACUAUUUCACUGUCGUGACUUACCGGAAGACCUAUUCACAGACUAUACAUCCAAUUCCUGAUAAGAGCCUGUGGAAGGAGUUGUCUGAGGGAGCUCAAAAUGGAGAGGACAGAACUGAAAUAGUUAUAAAUCCACCAAAGUCCCUUAGUCCCCAAGGGAGGCCAAGAAAGAAGAGAGUUCGAGCAGAGGACCGUGGGCGAGUGAGGCGAGUUGUGCAUUGUAGCCGGUGCAAUCAGACAGGACAUUUUAGAACAACAUGUGCUGCACCAAUAUAACAGGUUCAACUUCUUCUUGGCAACAUUUUGGUGGCCAUAGCCUUAUGAAAAGUCAGAUCUGUUUAUUUGAUGUGGAUCACAGCUAAUUAAUUGAUGAUAGAUUUUCUUUUCUUUUUUUUGGGGCUUUAUCUAUUUGGGGUAAACCAUUGGCUUUCAUCUUUCUUUUCAGAAUGCUUCUAAUGAUUUUAGGAACAUCACUAUCCAAUCAAUCUGUUGUUGUCUGUCAUUAUACAGUGAAGAAAGAUGUUGACUUAUCCAUGCAUUGGUUUUUGUUUUGAGUUUUGGAUAUAUUUAAUUUAGAAGUCGUUGCUAUACUAUUCAUGCCAAUCCAUUUUCUCCCUUGUGUUUAUGGUUCAUUGAAUUGAUUUGUUUGUUAUCUCACAUUUUUAUUGGCGCAUGAAUUAAGUUGUUGCCUGACAUAUCUAUUUCAAGUGUGCCUCCUUCAUAUAUGUGGACUUAGAGUUGUUUUUGAUACAUGCACUUGGCAAACAAAGAUGCAGUAUUGUGGGUUGUGAUCGUGCAUGUCGUUCACUACAUGUGUUGCAUAAACAUGUAAACUAACUUGUGCAUAUUCAUAAAUGUUUUGCUCUAGCAUAUUUAAUUGAAAGAAUCUAGCUGAGGCCUGUUGGGUAGCUCUUUCGUGCUGCUAAGCCAUUGUCAGUUGAACUACUAUCUCAAAUGGCUAGAAAAAAUAGCUAGAUUUUUAUGCCCUUGGCCAGCUCGAUCAUUUUCUGUUUCUUAACCUCCUCCUUUUAUAAGAUCUUGCAGAUCUGCAUGUUGUAACUAUCUGAUUUUUAAUGGAUUUAAUUGUUGAUAUUGAGAGGUGCCCUUUGAGCUGUUUGGAUCUAAUGGAACACAUUUGGAAGGUUUGUCCCAUGCUCGGUUAUGUUUAUUGUAGGCAUCAUCCAAUAUCAGUAUGUCUUUUUAAAGCUAUCAAAGUUUCUAAUCCUUGAUGAUCGUUAUAAGUUGGAGGUGAUAGUUAUAUACUUUAUUCUUAAUGUUUGUUAUCUUUGGCAGUAUAGAUUAUUUAUCUUGCAGCAACUGCAUGUGAAGCAUAAUUACUUUUGUUGCAUGUGAUAUCUGGGCUUAUCAGGUUAGUUAUAGCCUCUUUUUUUUGCUGUAUUAUCUUCCAGUGCAGAAAAUACUUAUGUCUAUGUGCUGCAAGCUUUUCUGAUUUUCUGCUAUCUGUUUCUGGUGCUAAAUGCAUAGAAUCAAACAAUCUCUGUCCUGGCAGCUGUUUUAUUUUGGUGCACACUAUUGCUAUCUUUAUGUUUGCAAUGUAACCAAUAUCUUUUAUUUUUCUUGGUCAAAUUUGACAUCCUUUAUAAUUGAUGAAAGCGCAUUAUGAUGGUCGCCAAUGUUUGAAAUUCUACAUACAUCUUUUCCACAAUCUUAAUACCCUAGGAUUUCAUGUUCAAAGUCAACCACAGUUACGGCCAGAGCUGAAUUCCUUGUAAUAUGCAGAGUUCCAGGAAUCAUGUUAAAUCCACUUGUUCCUGAUCUUGCUAAACCAUAAUCUUGACAUGAAUCAUCCUAAAUACUGGUGCAAUUAUGACCUGUCUAUUAAAUUGAAAUAAAGAAGAACAAGAAAAUCAAACUUCACGAUGUGAAGUUUGUCUUUUGAUAACAUGCAGAAUCUCUACGCUUAGAUGCUUCUUCUUGCUAGUUAACAUUAAUUGGGUUUUGUUGCAUGAGAUUCAACUUCAUGGGACAAAAUACUUUGGGAACAUGAAGUCAUAUAUAAGAGAUUAAAGAACCUCUGUAUAUUUCUGGUCUCUUGAGGUAUGGUAAGUAAUUUUGGUUAGCGAGCUGCCAAAUUUUCAGUUUCUGGCCUGAUUUGCUUCCAACCUAAGCAAACUCAUGGAUAACCAAAUUUGUUGACAAUAAUUUAAUCGUUGCUUCACAAAUCUGAUAUUUUAAAGUGGCAAUGUGAUGUAACUUUUUGGCAGAACUCAUAACUUGUUGAAGUCUAAUUCAUUUUUUGUAGGUUCAGUUAGAAUAAUCUAUCUAUUUAGGUAGCAAGGAAGCCACAAAUGGUAGCUGAAAUUCCUUUUGAUUUUUUACUGGCUGGAUUGAAGGUACGGUACAUUUUUCUAUAGUUCCAAUUAUAUCUGUUACUGAAAGGAAUUUUUCUGCCUUUAAUCUCCUCCAUAGGUGACAUCUGGUUGCUGAGAAACAAGCUACCUCAGAUGUCAGUAAGGCUUCGAUCUUCUAUGAGAUUUUUGGUUGGGUUUAUCUGUGUGCUCACAUAUGCAUGUGUGUUUGGUGAUGUUUCUCACCAAUGGCAAAACAGGGAUGAUGGAAUGGGACCCCACUUGAGAAGGGAGAGAAGUGUGAGGAAAGAAAGAGGACAGAGGGUUACAGCAACACUCUUAAUAGUGUCAUGUUGAGAUUAUAGUUUCCUUCCUCAACUUUGUUUCUUUAUUAUGCAUUAAUGUGGCAAUGUGAGUUCAGCAUGCCACUUCAGCACGACGAGCCCCAUAAGCAAGCCUCUUCUAUCUACAGUCACUGUCAAACGGGAACUUAUAGAAGGCCUGCUCGCAAAGCAACCAAAUCCAAGAUGAAGUCCAUCAUAUCCGACAGCAUCCCACCAACCAUCUAAAGAUCCAAAGCACCAUUUGAGGAUCACAAAGUCAAGUCUGACUCCAAGACGUAGGCAAGGGCAUCUGACAUAUGUAUACCUCACCAUCAAAUGAUGUUCGACGAAAAUUAGUUCAUCAUUGGAAGAAAUAGCCAAUGGCAAGCACUUGGUCUGUAAGUUCAGAAGUUUGUUCAUGACUUAUUUUCGAACUCUGGGGACCCUGGUCAACCUUCUCUCUUGUAAGGGGUUCCAAAACCUAGAAAUACCCCUAUAUACUCCUUGUUUUCAUCAAUCAAUGAUGCUUGCUUUCUCUUGAGUGCA